UCUAACCAGACAGCUUGUGUGAUAUAUUGUCAGGUCUAAUCGUGAGCCGGCGAGGUGCACAAUUGUCUGGCAGCGCUGACUGGGUGUGGGUGAAAGCGGAGCUCUGCGGUCUGAUCUGUUGAGAAGAAGGGCAGGGAGCUAGACGGAGACAUGGAUCGGCAACAACGUGUCCUGCUGGUCGCUCUAUGGGGCAGUCUGCUUCUUCUGUCGGUUUCCGUAGCGGCAGCCGCUGCGGCCGGCGCGCAGAACAGCGCCUUCCUCGUCGUGGACAAGCGAGUGACGUUGAAGCGCAUGAAGGAUGCGGAGAAGGUGACCGUUAGCUUUGGGAUUCACAACAUGGGAGGCGGGAUCGCGUACGACGUGACGCUGACGGAUUCCGAGUGGCCGGAGAGCAGCUUCGAGUUGUUGAGCGGGAACAUCUCGACGUCGUGGGUGCAACUUGAAGGUGGGGCUGUGGUGGAACACUCCUUUGUGUUGAAGACGACGACCAAGGGUCCGUUCGUAACUUUGCCGGCGACGGUCACGUAUCGGCUGGCGUCGAAGUCGACUCCGCAGACGGCCAAGUCCACGCCCGUGCCUACGCUCGAUCUGCUUGGCGACAGGGAGCCGGAGGUUCUUGUCGACAUCAAGACAUUAGUAAUUAACGCGGCACCACUCACGUCCGCCAUAGCCAUCGUUGCUGGUGUCAUCUACAUCAUCUUUGCGCCUUCGAGGCCCACAAGCAAGUACUCGGCUGGCAGCAAGAAACGCCGAUGACCGGUUGUUCGUCUCCCUCCCUGCGUCCUUGGACGCGUGGGGAGCGGGUUUUCGGCGGGGAAACGGUAGUGCACGGCACUCAGCGAGGGCGUUUUCUGCAGGCACCCCAUGAAAAGGCGGCGUUGACGUUCUGUCCCAAUCAGGGCAUGCAUAAUCGCACUAGCUCUGGAUGUGAUUGCAGUCAGAUGCAUCCAGGUGUGUGUGGUGGCAAUUGCAGUCAGAUACAUAUUACGGAAGUGCGCAUGUGUCCAUGCCCUCGGCAUACUCGCGUAAGCAGGUCUAUUAUGUUCCUGGGCGUCCAGGUGUUCGACUAGCUUGGGAUUUGAUCGUAGGGUAUAUUGGGAUCGUUCAGUAAGUUUAUAGGGGUAUCUGUGAAAUUUGCCCGUUUUGGGGUGUAGCAUGAUCAAUCUUAUAGUUUCUUGCUGUUGUCGGUGGUUGAGAAUCGGAUCGAGCUCUCGGUCUGUCGAGGUAAAACACACAAAAAGAAAUGUUGAAACUACCUAACUGUCUGUAGUAGUUAAAAAAGCAUCCUGCUAUGAAAACAGAAAAGUGUGACAAUUUUGAAUGCAGUUUUUUUUGGAAAUGCGCUCUGUAACUAUUGAAGUUUUGAUUCCACUGAGAGGAUUACGGAGACUGGGUACUUUGAGACUGCUUUGUCG